UGUUCUCCUCGGUCAGUGGGUACAGUCACUCAUUAGCACUCGCUUUUGAAUGUCGAUCAAUUAAAUAAUUAGCCUAAUCAAUCAAGUUGAGAGAAUAUUUUUCAUCCAUUCAUCGGAUGUAUUUAUAGCAGUAAUCAAUCGCGAACACCAUGAAUGCUAUAAAAAAGCAAUUGCAAGUACUAAAAAUCGAGAAAGACCUUGCAACUGAACGGGCGGAUACUUGCGAUCAGCUAGCUCGGGAAGCUAAAAAACGGGAGGAAAAGCUGAAGGAUGAAGUUCGUGAUUUGGAGAAGAAAUUAUUACAAAUGAAGAAUGAUUUGCGAAUCAAUCGUGAUAUUUUGAAGCAAUCCAACGCUAGUCUCGAUGAUAAAGAGAGAAUGUUAUUGAUGGUCCAAUCAGACUUGGCUAUUCUGAACAGGAGGAUGCAACAAACGAUGGAGUAUCUGGAGAAAACUGAGGAACGCAGAACUAUCGCACAGGUGAAACUCUCACAAGCCACCGAGAAUGCUGAAGACGCCAAAAGAAUUUGCAAAGUUCUGGAGACUCGCAGUAAACAAGAUGACGAGCGCAUCGAUCAAUUAACAAUGCAAUUGAAGGAAGCUCGAUUAAUAGCUGAAGAUGCUGAUGGCAAAUCUGACGAAAUAUCUCGGAGACUGGCAUUCGUCGAGGACGAGCUGGAAGCUGCCGAGGACAGAAUUCGAUGCAGCGAUGCGAAAAUAGUUGAACGCGAGGAUGAACUCUUCAUCGUUGGUAAUAUACUCAAGUCACUGGAAGUUUCCGAAGAGAAAGCUAAUCAGCGAGUUGAAGAGUUCAAACUGCAGCUCAAGGAGUUGAAGCUGAAGUUGACAGAUAUAGAGAGACGAGCUGUAAUUACGGAAAAUCAAAUGAAAAUACUGCAGAAGGAGUUGGAUAUACGCGAAGAUCGUCUGUUCAGAGAAAAGCAAAAAGCCAAGUAUAUAUGCGAUGAUCUGGACUCGACCUUUGCUGCGCUCACCGGUUAUUGAAUUCACACGAGGAUAAAAAGAAAAAAAACGAGGAAAAGGUGAACGAGAUGGAAAUUGAAUAAGAUUAAAGGCUAUUUCUUACGUGAUAUCAAUUUAUUGAAUCGACUCUACGAUCGAUAUUAUGCGUUGAAACGACUCUCAUCGUACACUGAUAAUAUUAACAUAACUUUGUCCAUACUUGAUUUCCUCUGCGGACGAUAAAACACGAUGAAACUCACUUCCAUCACACUUUAUUCAUUGCUCUCUUUUUCUCUCUCUGCAUUCUCAUCUCAUUUAAUUUACACCAUAAUAAUUAUCAUCCAUUUGAUUAAUAGCCCUUUCACGAUCAUCGCAAAAUUAAAAACGCACAUUUUCCAGCUCAAAGGUCGUAAUUUAUCAGACGAUAUUAAUGUACUUUGUUUUUCCACAUUAUUUUCUCCGAAAGGAGAUUGAAAGAUGUGCGUAGUUCAACUUUAGAAAAAAGGUUGUAGAAGCGCGCGAUAAGAAAACAUGUACAAAAAUUUGUACCUCCACAGAGUUGCUCCCCAAUUGGAGAUAAACUUUCAUUUCUCAAUAAAGUAUAUCAUAAAAAUGACCUUGAAGGUCAUUACAAUUAAAUAAUAA